GAUCUACGUGAACCGGAAAGAACGACAUCGCUAAUGCAACAAGCUAGUAGAGAGAGACCAAAACAAACGAAAAGGAUUUUCUUUUAUACAGUGCGUUCGCUUUGAUGACUGUCUGCUGCGGUACCGCAUUCCGAUGACGCUAUCCGGAGUCCCGUCUAACCUCAUUGGAAGAUCAACGAUAACGCUAUUUAGCUAGCAAGCAAGCGGUGUUACAGUAAGCAGUCAACAAAGCGAUCUGACAAGAAUUAUUUUUUGAAAUAGCGAAGCGUUGUCACGUCCGACAAUCGCUGAGAGCAGAAAUGCAGCACGAGUUAAAUCGGCUAUUCUUUGUUUGUUGACUUCUUAUUAAAGCCGCGCAUCAACUUGGAGCUAGAUUGCCAGCUCUGUAGUCAAGAUGAGUUGGUUCAACGCAUCUCACCUGUCCACUUUCGCCAAACAAGCAUUAACAACAGCUCAGAAAUCUAUCGAUCGUGUUCUGGAUAUUAAAGAAGAUGGCCAAUGGAGUGACGCGACUGUAAUGCCUUAUGACGAUGUGACAUUGCCUGAAAAGUUGUCAUUAAGUGGAGGAUGGGGAAUGACCCAGUGGGAAGCACCUCCUGAAGAAAAGACUUCAACGCCACCUCCUUCUGUGGCUAUUACUACACCCGUCACCCGCACUGUUGUGGAGGAAUCUGAAAACUUUUUUAGUGCCUUCCUGCCACCUGGAGAUGCGCAAUGUGUCACCACAUCCCAGGUAGUGUCCAUACCCCCUACUAAAACUCAGAGGCAUACUCAGGAAACAGAAAAUAAUUGCAAAAAUGCUCUGAUGAAGAAAGAAGUGGAGACCUUAAAGACAGUGUCUGCUGAUUCGGCUCACGAAUAUCAGACAGGGGUUGAUGGCCAACUGGUGGAGUUUGAAUCCUCUCAUAAGGACACUAUUCUCCUCCAACCAGUUUAUCCCACAGAAAAUUGUGGUGACCUGACUUGCACCCCAGACAUCACAAAGACCAAUACAAAUCGAGUAAAACACAACACUCUCACUGAAGUUUCUGUCGACUCUAACACAGAGUGGUCACAUAUUCAAGCUGAAUACCCAGUGGGAAAAAAUCCCUCAGAUUCUUCUGAACCUUGUACAGUAUCUUCUGAAUCUAAAAACUCGACACAUUCUGAUCCACCAGCCUCCCAAUCUUCCAAGGAUGUACAUUUAGAGCAGAAAGACUCAAAGGCAGAAGACCGUCAGAGUGACACCCCCUCCCCUCCAGUUAGUGCCUUCUCUUCAGGAACAUCCACCACCAGUGACAUUGAAGUACUGGACCACGAGAGCGUGUUGAGCGAGAGCUCAGCCAGCUCCAGACAAGAGACAGGAGAAGGAAAGGCUGGCCUUCAUUUGAUGCAUGGAUCAUUCCAACUUCUUUCCGCCUCUUCUUGUGGGGAUUUCCCUCGCCUGGAAGACUAUCCGAAACUCACAGAGAGUUGUGGGUCCUCCUCAGAUGCAUUUGAGCGCAUUGAUUCAUUCAGUGUACAGUCACUGGAUAGUCGGAGUGUCAGUGAGAUAAACUCCGAUGAUGAGACCCCUGGCAGUCGGACGCUUGCUUCUUUGACUUCGGGCACUGUUUCUCCACCAGGUUUAUGUGAGAAGCAGGAAGAUGGAAUGGUGGAAAGGACAAGUGAGGUGGAAGAGGAGAAGCAAGAGUGUUUGACUGGAACCUUGAGAGACCAGUCUGUGGAUGAGAUGGAGGAGAGUGGACGGAGUGUGACACCCGUGAAUUGUGAACAACCUGAACAGUUGAAUGAGCAGGGACAGGAGUUGGGGGUGACUUUUGCACAGUCUGAUCUCAACUCAAAUGCCGAAGAAAAGUUAAUUUCACCAGUCACAGAAGAGACAAACCGUGUCUCAACAGUUCAGAUUUUUGAGCUUCAAAAGGUCAUUAAUGAGCUGUCGGGCCGCCUUGAAAAGAGAGAGUCUCAGCUGCUGGCAGUCAGCAAGGACAAGGCUAGACUGGAGGAAGAGUGUGACAAUCUUAGAGAUGAAGUUAUAACUCUGAAGGAGGAGAGCUCCACAGUUCAGUCCUUGAAGGAUGAAUUUACACAGCGCAUAGCGGACACUGAGAGGAAAGCUCAGCUGGCUUGCAAAGAGAGAGAUAUAGCCAAGAAGGAAAUUAAGGGUCUGCGAGAGGAGCUUUCUGCAAGACUCAACUCCAGUGUUACGUUGGAGCUCUUGAAAGAAAAGGAGGAACAGAUCCGAGGCCUGCUGGAAGAAGGUGAAAAGCUGUCCAAGCAACAGCUUCAGCACAGUACCAUCAUCAAGAAACUGCGUGUGAAGGAGAAAGACAGUGACGCAAGACUCAGCAAGCAACAAAAGAAAAUAAACGAGCUGGAGGAUGAGCUCAGGCAUCUGCAGCAGGUUUUGGAGGGGAAGGAAGAAGUGGAGAAACAGCAUAGAGACAACAUCAAGAAGCUGAACUCAGCUGUGGAUCGUCAGGAGAAGGAGCAGAGCAGGCUGCAGACAGACUUAGAGGAGCUGCUUGAGAAGAACAGAAGUCUCCAGGCAGCUCUGGAUAACUCAUACAAGGAGCUAGCAGAACUCCACAAAGCUAACGCGAGCAGAGCCAGUGAGGUUGAGGAGGCAGCUCUGAGUAGGGAGAUACAAGCCAAGGAGCUGCAAAACUUGGCCCUUGAGAAGGCCCAGGAGGAGUCCAGGAUGCAACAUGAGGUUCUCGUCAACCAGGUGGCUGACCUGAGAGUGACGCUUCAGAGGGCAGAGCAACAGCAGGCAAGGAAAGAAGAUUAUUUGAGGGAGGAGAUCAAUGAAUUACAGCAGAGGCUUCAGGAGGCGGAGUCAAGGAACCAGGAGCUCAGUCAAAGCGUUACUUCAGCAACAAGGCCCUUGUUGCGUCAAAUUGAGAACCUGCAGGCUUCCUUGGGUGGACAAACAGCAUCCUGGGAAAAACUAGAGAAAAGCAUCUCCGAUAGGCUUGUUGAGGCUGAGGCACAACUAGCCGUUGCAGUUGAGAAGGAACGUGCAGCAACAGAAGAAUUGCUCUCCAUUAAGUGCCAGUUGGUCUCGCUUGAGUCCCAGAAUUCCCGCCUUCGCCAGGAGAAGGUCAGAUUCCUGGCACUUUUGGAGACUGAGAAGUGCAGAAGAGAGAAACUGGAAGAUGACAGCAGCAGGGAGCAUAUUGAGUUAGCGAAUCUGCGAGGAGAACACAGUCGCAUGCUUGAAGAAGCAAAGAAAGAAAAGCUACUGCUUACGAAUCAACUAGAGAUGGAGAAAAUGAAGGUGGAACAGGAGAAGAAAAAAUGCUACUUGGUACAAGAGGCACUCAAGGAAAAGGAGCAGAAGAGCAUAACCCAUGAUCCCCCAGCUUCUUCUACACCCUCACUGUCCCGCUCCAGCUCCAUAAGUGGGGCUGACAAUGCUGUUUUGCACUCGUCUAUAUUUUCACAGGAUGACUCUUUAGACCAGGCAGUAGGGACUGGGACCAUGUCUUUGUCAAUGAGCGGCACCAACUUGUAUGAAGCUGCUCGGCUGUCUGGUGGCUCCACCAUCAUAGAGAAUAUGCAGUCUCAACUCAAACUGAGGGAAGGAGAGAUAGCACAGUUACAGCUUGAGAUUUCUAGUCUGGAGAGGAGUCGUUCUGUGAUGGCAGAGGAGCUGGUUCGACUCACCAGUCAAAACGAUGAGAUGGAGGAGCAGGUUACGGAUAUCCCCAAGUUGAGAGUUCAACUCAAGGAUCUGGAGCAGAGGCACAACACGAUCUUGCAGAUGUAUGGAGAAAAAGCUGAAGAGGCACAGGAACUGCGACUGGACCUUGAAGAUGUCAAAAGCAUGUUCAAAGCCCAAAUUGAUGAACUGCUGAAGAACCAGAAAUAAAUCUAUUGCACUUUAA